AUGAUGAGAGCGAACCCUGGCUACUCUCCCCAGGGUGGAUUCGAGCCAAUCCCUUCUAGCAUGUUCGCCUUGGCGGUCUUGACCGAGGAGCAAGAGGAGGGCUACCACGUACUACUCGAUACGGACCGCUAUAUUAUUAUCCUGGUCAGAGUUGGAGACGAGUUUCCACGUGGAUGGCCACCAGUCCAACCCGAUGCGGAUCAUGAAGAAUGGAUUGGAGAUGACGAGAACGAGGCUGGAGAUGAGGACAAAGAUGAAAGCGACGGAGAGCAUACCGAUGACGAAGUUGACCUGUAUCUGUGCGGUCAUGAUUGGAGAGAAAUGCCAGCCUAUCGCAUUGACACAUUUUUCAAAAUGUGUCGAGAACAAAGGAGGGUUAUGAACUGGAUGCCAAAAAUGGAAUGGGCCGGCCAGACUCAUGAAGAAUACACUUUCACGGAAUCAGAAUGCGAUACAGAUUGUGGCACUGGCCUAAGACGGAGAAUUACCCGGGAAGCUGGCUGGCCCGGUACGGAUAACGAAGUUGGCUUGGGUUGGGACAAGGCGAAAGCGGAAAAAGAGAUGAUUGAGCUCAUGUGA